AUGCAGUCGCUGCGCAGGAAGCUCGAAUCUACUACCAAGGCCAAUAAUGAAUUCAAAACUCAAGUUGAAACGCUUCGGGAGCAGCUGUCCAAAGCUGGGGAGAAGCUUAAGGUUGCCGAGGAAAAAGUCGCGUCUACCAAGGAGAAAUUGAAGACCUCUGAUGCCACCGUGUCCCGUCUAACCGAGCGGGAGAUGACUUUGGAGAACCAGCUCAAUGCCACGCAAGGUCGGGUGGCCGCUUUGGAGAAGGAACGUGAUGCGGCCGUCUUGUCGGCUAAGUCUGCUCAAGCUGAGGCCGAUGAGCUUAGGAAGAAGUAUAAAGAGACCGUAAAACAGGGAAAAAGCGCGAUCCUCAUGACUGAAGAGGCUCUCAAAGCCCAGGUGAAGAUCGUGGCUCCUGAUUUCGACACGUCGGCAAUCGGGGUCUUUAAAACCAUCAAGGAUGGCAAGAUUGUCGACAUGCCCAGGAAGUGA